AUGGCUAAUCCCAAAAACGGUAGCGUCCUCUCUAAGAAGCGGGGCCAUAACAAUGCUGUCUCUUCUCCGACCAGCCAUGAUUUAGCGCAAGAUGGGCGCAAAAGACGGAAACACAAGCUCAGCAGCCUCAAGGUUCCUGUUGAUGGUACAAUUUUGAGUGCUCCCGAUCUAUAUAAGAAGUCGCUGCGGAAUGCCGUCAGUGAUACCCGAGACGACUCAUCCAUUGAGAAGGUUCUAGUCCCCGAGGAUGGCAUAGCAACGAAAUCGUCCGGCCCAGUGUCCGGUUCUGAUGGUCUUUCGAUCGAAACUAGAACCCGCCAAGAAGAGAAUCAGGAACAGGCGGCUUUACGCCUAGAGAAGAUGCAACGUGCUGUGCGAACUUUGUUAGAGUGCAUCGGCGAGGAUCCAAGCCGUAACGGCCUGCUAAAUACUCCUUCACGUUAUGCCAAAGCGUUGCUGUUCCUGACCCAGGGCUACCAUGUCAAUGUGGAAGAUGUUGUGAAUAACGCGCUAUUCCAUGAGGGUCAUAACGAGAUGGUCAUUGUCAAAGAUAUUGAUAUAUUUAGCCUUUGCGAGCACCACCUUGUGCCCUUUACAGGAAAGGAAAGCUCUUCCUCUCUCGAUAUGCCCUAUACACUCAACUGUGGGAUGCACAUUGGUUACAUCCCCUCCAAUACUGUUAUCGGCCUCUCGAAGCUUCCUCGAAUCGCCGAGGUAUUCUCUCGUCGCUUACAAAUCCAGGAGCGCCUUACCAAGGAGGUUGCUCAUGCCGUUAUGGAUAUCGUGAAGCCUCAAGGUGUUGCUGUCAUUAUGGAGUCUAGCCACCUAUGCAUGGUGAUGCGUGGCGUUAAGAAAACUAAUACAACGACCCUCACAAGCUGCAUGUUGGGUUGCUUUGAGCGCAAGAGUGAGAAGCGAAAGGAGUUCAUGCAUUUCGUUGGAGUGAACCGGUAG